UGAAGUCAUUUAAACGCCAAGUUGUAUCACUUCAUUCAAACGCCAUUUUGUAUCAUUGCUUACAAACGCCAUUUUGUAUCUCUACUGUGAGGAAGGAAGUCAGUGAUAAACAGUCAAAUCAUGAUUAUUAGGGAGGAGCGAAAAGACUUAUCAUAGGCUUACACUUCAUAAUUUGAACAUUUACUAAAUGUAUGUUGUCAUGGCGACUAACAUGACUAAGGAAGAAGAUAAUUUUCUUCGUAUUGUUUACUUAAAUUACCGCGUAGGAACAACUGCGCUAAGGAGGUAUUUUGACAGUGUUCAUGCAAAUUUGCAAUCAGUUUUGUCAUCUCCAUCAAAAAAGGCAAUACUUUCAGACCUGCACAAACCACCCAGAGGCCAAAGGAAAGUAUUGUUUCUUGAACAAUGGAAUACUUUGUAUCCAACAUCAGGGUCACCUGUAGUAUCAUCUGCCGAUUUAGACGUUACGUUAAUGGUUUGUCUUCUACGAAAUUUACCACCAUAUGUUGCACCACCAGCUUCUGGAUUUGAUGCUUUACCACUGUCAAAUGACUCGUCUCAUGGUGCUCACAUAGCACGGAUAAAGUAUUAUAAAAAUUUCAUUGUUUCGCAUUCAAAAGAUGGAAAACUAUCAGAUACAGUUUGCAACAGAAUAUGGAUCGAUUUGGAAAUGGCGAUUCAUGGUUUGGGAAAUCAGCAAGAUGUUAAAGAUGCAAGUGAUGCAAAAUCUAAAUUUCUGGACUACAACGCACUUAACGAACUUGUAAAUGUUACAUUUAGUAUUCGACGUAAUCGGGAAAGAUUAAAUGUUUAUGGUAAUGAACUAGCGGUGCAAAGUUCAAAAAUGAAGAAGCUAGAAUCGGCUGUUGAAAAUAUGGAAAAAGGUAAUAUUUUGUUAGAAACGUGUGCACGAUUCUAUAUUUUUCUCAGUACAUUCAGUGGCAUGUGUUCAGACAGUCUGCUUGAACUCUGUUUAGAUUUCUCGUGUUAA